AUGACGCGCGACGCGGGGAAGCUCGAGGGCAGUGUCCUCGGCGGCGCGGGGGGCGGCCCGUUCCGGCUGCGCGGGGAGCUGACGGGCCACGGCGUGGUGCUGCGGGCCGAGGGGGGCCCACCCGGGAGCCUGUGGUCGGGCACCGCCUGGAGCGCCGCGGUCGCGGAGGGGCAGCUGACCGGGGGCACCGUGCUGCAGGGCGCAGAGGGGGGCCGGGAGGACCCCGGCGCCACGGCGCCAGGCCCCGGCCAGGGCGUCGUCGGCACCUGGUCCGCACGGGCGAUCGCGCAGCCCGUGGCGCUGCGCCCCGGCUUCGCCUCGCACGACCUGAGGUGGACAGGCGGCGCGGUGCGCAGCGGCGAGGAGUCCAGCUUCCUCGUCUUCCAGCAGUUCACCGUCUCCUCCGGCGCGUGGUACUUCGAGCUGGCCGGCGACGCCCCGCAGGGUGACGAGGGUGCGCUGCGCGCGGGCGACAGGGUGAUGAUCAAGCCUGGUUCAAGGUACGAGGGUCUCUCCGGAGGCGCGCACGCGACCAUGAGGCAGACGCUCAGCAAGGACGACAGCGUGAACCUGACGUUCGACAACGGGUGCUCGCUCGCGUGCCGAUUCCAGGACCUGGUGCUCGUGGGCAGCAGCUUGUCCGUGGGGUUCGUGGACCCUGCGGCCGAGGGCGGGCCGCACGUGAUCGACCAGAAGCACGAGCGGGCGCGGGACCUGCACGGCCUGGCGCUGAAGAAGUUUGCCCAGGACCUCGGCGUGGAGGACGAGGACGACCAGGACUCCCUGUUCGAGGCCGUGGAGCGGAGGGAGCUGUCUGUGCGCCACAGGCACGGGGCGGCAGGCGUGUCCUCGACGCUGAGCAGGGGGGACGUCCUUGGGUGCCUCCUCGACGCCGACACUGGCGCGGCCAGCUUCUGGGUGAACGGCAAGCCCGUGAGUCUGGACAAGGAGGGCCCCGAGCACAGGCCCGCGCAGGGGCUCUGCCCCGAGGUCUUCCUCUCGAAGGGAGCGGGCGUGUCGCUGAACUGGGGGCAGCAGCGGUUCCAGUACCCCUGCGGCGACGCGCUGCCGAUGUGCAUGGCGCUGGCGCUGGGCGGCGGUCCGGCGGCCCAGACGUGGUCGGUGGCGCUGCCCGAGGGCCAGGACGCGUGGCAGGUCAAGCUGGAGCCACGCCUGAGCGCCGUCAACAAUGGCAGGGGCCUCUUCCACGGCGAGCACGUGGUCGAGCUGCAGCGCGACCCGAGCGGGGGCUGGAUCCGACAUCAGCUGGGCUGGUCCCCCCUGGCCCACGAGGGACAUCAUGGCCUGGUGUGCGUCGAGCAGAGCUGGUACGCAGAGGCUUGCGACACUGUGGUCGUGGAGUACAAGGGGGAUGCCGGCUACAACAAGGAGCGGGAUGGAGCGAAUCCUCCUGAGAUGAGCGCGGCUUCUGCUCAGCACAGGGCCUCGAGCUCGAGCGGCGCUGCGGCGCGCCCCGCGCUCGCCGCCGGAGCUGCGGCGCGAGGAGGCCCCAGCAACUGGCGAGUGGACUUGGCCACCCCUCCCGAGAUCAGCCCAGAGCUGGCGGCGCUCCUUGCGGAGGACCCCGCCCUGCCCAGCUCCGCCCCCGCUCUCGCGGGCGCGGCCGCGGCGCGGGGCCCCGGCGGCAGCCUGCGCGCGGGCGCCCCGCGGCCCAGUGGGGCACAGCGGCCCGGGGAGCGGCAGGCCCGGCUGGGCGCCGGGGGCCCGGCGGGGCCCGGCGGGGCUGGCUCGGCGGACGAGGACGACGAGUACCGACAGGCUUUUUUCAGCUACGCCUGCACGCGGGGGAAGUUGCAGAAGACGAUCACCCUCACUGGCAAGUACCGCUGCCCCAUGCUGGUGACGAGGCUGGUCUACAGCCCGGCGACCGGCGAGCUGCGCGACCAGGGGGGCCACGGGGGCAAAUUGCCGGUUGACUCGCGCGCGCAGCUGCUUGCGAGGCUGGCCGCGCUGUGCGACCGCGUCGGCGUGCCUAUCGAGGGCCUGCCCGCCGCCGGGGCCGCCGCCGCGGCGGACGCCGGCCCUGGCCGGGCGGAGUCCAGCGGCGUGCGGGCGCAGCUCGACGUGUGGCACUGCCUCACCGUCGCCGUGGACCUGCCCCGCAGCCUCACCGUCUGGCUGGACGGCGAGCGCGCGCUGGCGCUGCGCGGCGGCGCGGAGCUCCGCAUGGACGGCCCCUUCUCGCUCGACUGCCGGAGCGGGCUGCGCCUCUUCGGCGUGCGCGGCUCCCCCGGCAGGCAGAAGGAAUGGAUGGUCGGCGGCGGCGUGCGGGAGCUCCGCGUCGACAGCAGCGCCCUCACCGCGGAGGAGGUGCUCGCCAUCCACCAGCCGCGUGGCGUGUGGCUCUGCCGGAGGUCUCCCUGCGAGCGGACGGGCCGCGUCACCCGCAACCCUCCCGGCCAGCGCAAGUGCUGGAAGUGCGGCGCCGUGCGGCUCAAGUCGGGCACGCGGCUGCCCGGCGACCUGGACCCGAAGCACCCUGGCGUGACGGUGCUGGUGAACGACAAUUUCCAGGAGCUGGUCGUCAAGAGCUCGAGGCACGUCUUCGUGUACCUGACGGCGGACUGGUGCGGGCCCUCCGUCCAGCUCAAGCCCCACGUGUACGAGGUCGCCCGCCACCUAAAAGACGUGCCUGACGUCCUGGUGUGCAUCAUGGACACCGACGAGAACGAGAAGGACCAGGCGUACUUCCCAGAAAACUUCAUCCCCGUCAUCAAGCUGUUCGUCAGCGGCCAGAAGGACUCACCGAUAAUAUUUGACGGUGAGCGGAGCGCUAAUGGCUUCUUGAACUUCAUCCUCCAGCACACGGGGGUGUCGGUCAUGCAGGCGGUGGCCGAGAAGUACGUCGACUACAAGAGGGAACACGGGAUCGAGGAGGAGACCGCCGAGAUCGCGAGCGCGGCCCGCGAGUUCCUGUCCAAGGAGGCCGAAUGGCCAGCGAGGGCCGUGUUCCAGGUCGCCGUCCAGUUCCUCUACGACCGGGACGGCUUCCGCCGCCACCUCGCCAGGCGGUCCACGCUGCCGGAUGCGCCCGCGCCCGCCCACGGCGUGGACGUCGAGAGCGUGCUCCGGGAGGCCGUGGACAGGGCGCUGGGCACGGCGCAGCCCGCGCACCACGUGCCGGCCCUGAUCGAGCAGCUGCUGCAGCUGGCGGGCCCCGUGCCCGAGGAUCUGGGAAGGCCGGCGCUCCGCCAGCCCGGGCACGAGCUCAUGGAAGCGGGCGCGGCGAGGAGGAGCUGGCACUUCGUGGAGGAGGCGAUCCUGCAGCGCCCGAAGGACAUGGCGGAGAGGCUGCAGAAGCUCCUGGACCGGGGCUUCCCGGUCGACGCCAAGCCCCAGGGCUACUCCGCCGUGUGGCUGGCGGCCGUCUGCUGCAACCUGGAGGUCAUCGACAUGCUGUUCGAGCGGUCGGCCAACCUCCACUCGCGAGGCGGCCAGAACCAGCUGUUGCCGGUGGAGGCGGCGGCGUGCACUGGGCACGCGGUGGUCGUGAAGAGGCUGCUGGAGCUCGGCGCGUACCCGGGCAGGGCCGCUCACUUCGCCGCGCGGCACGGGGAGAUGGCCACGAUAAAGCGGGGGUUCGGCGGACUGGUGGAGCUGGCGAGGGACGCGCGCGGCGCCUUCAGCUGCCUGGACAUCGGGGCCAAGGGCUGCCUGUGCUGCGGCUGGACACCGCUGAGCAUCGCGACGCUGCACGCGCACGUCCCAGUGGCGAGGCUGCUGAUCGAGGUCAGCCGGGACGACGACAUCGCAGCAGCUCUGCCGCCCAACGUCUGCAGGCGCACAGGGCUCGCAGAG